AGCCUUCAUUGUAGUUGUUUAGACUGUCACAGAAAAUGCAUAUUAUCAGUCUCGGGGAUUAUUUGUGGCUAACGCAGCUACCUAAAUAAAAGCUCUUCUGUUGUCUCCUAUGGGUUGCGGAUGUUUGGAAAGUAACUUUACAAGAAUAAAUGCCUCAGUCAGCGGCUAUCAUCAGUGGGAUCCAGAGGGUGGAUCUGUAUGAAACCAGAGCUAGGUAUUUUUUGGUGGGGAGCAAUCAGGCACAGACCAAACACAGAGUCCUGAAGAUUGACCGCACAGAACCCAAGGACCUGGUCAUAAUUGACGAUAAGCAUGUGUACAACCAGCAAGAGGUUUGGGAGUUGCUGGGCCGCUUGGACCUGGGCAACCGCACCAAAAUUGGCCAAAAGGGUUCGUCGGGCCUGUCCAGGGCUGUGUCAGCCUUUGGCAUCGUGGGGUUUGUACGUUUCCUGGAGGGGUACUACAUUGUGUUGAUCACCAAACGCAGAAAGAUGGCUGACAUCGGUGGCCACGCCAUCUACAAAAUUGAAGACACCAGCAUGAUCUACAUCCCCAAUGACUCGGUCAGGGUUACACACCCCGAUGAAGCAAGGUAUGUGCGGAUCUUUCAGAAUGUGGACCUCUCCAGCAACUUCUACUUCAGUUACAGCUAUGACCUGAGUCACUCGCUGCAGUACAACCUGACUUUACUGCAGAGGCCGUAUGACCUGUGGUUUUCAGCAGCUUCUUCCACUGAGGAAGAGGUACAUACGCAGACCAAACAGGAUUGCUUUGACAUCUUUGAAGAUGAGGGUUUGCCCACCCAAGUGGUUUAUGGCCUCCAGAACGAGCCGUACUAUAAAUACGUGUGGAAUGGGAAACUGCUGGAACGGGUCAAGGACACAGUACACCAUGACUGGCUCAUGUACAUAAUCCACGGCUUUUGUGGCCAGUCUAAGCUUCUGAUUUAUGGCCGACCUGUUCACAUCACUCUCAUUGCCAGACGCUCCAGCAAAUUUGCCGGGACACGCUUCCUUAAAAGAGGAGCCAACUGCGAGGGGGAUGUGGCUAAUGAGGUGGAGACGGAGCAGAUCGUCCAUGACGCUUCUGUUAUGUCUUUUACGGCAGGAAGUUUCUCCUCAUACGUCCAAGUGCGAGGGUCAGUCCCACUCUACUGGUCUCAGGACAUUUCCACCAUGAUGCCAAAACCCCCCAUACGAUUGGACCAAGCGGACCCGUAUGCCCAUGUAGCUGCCCUACAUUUUGACCAGAUGCUGCAGCGGUUUGGCUCUCCUAUCAUCAUCCUCAACCUGGUUAAGAAACGGGAAAAGAGGAAACAUGAGAAGAUUUUGAGUGAAGAGCUCUACCCAGCUGUGAUCAACCUAAAUCAGUUCCUGCCUCCAGAUCACUGCAUUGACUACAUCGCCUGGGACAUGGCCCGCUACACCAAGAGCAAGUUGUGCAACGUUCUGGACCGUCUGAGUAUGAUAGCGGAGAACGUGGUCAAGAGGACAGGUUUCUUUAUUAAUCGAUCUGACUUUUACUGUCACACCCUCAGACCAGAUGACAGGUGGGGAGAUGUGGGUGGAUCCAUCACAGCCAGUGGAAGACUGCAGACUGGUGUGUUGCGGACCAACUGUGUGGAUUGUCUGGACCGGACCAAUACCGCCCAGUUCAUGGUGGGGAAGUGUGCACUGGCCUAUCAGCUUUAUGCACUCGGAAUGAUUGACAAGCCCAAGCUGCAGUUUGAUACUGACUGUGUGAGGUAAUGUGAGGAGCGGAAUGAGGCCCAGGGAGACUCUCUUUCGCUGCAGUACGGCGGCUCCCAGCUGGUCCACAGGGUCAAGACCUACCGGAAGAUCGCCCCGUGGACUCAGCACUCCAAAGACAUCAUGCAGACGCUGUCGCGCUACUACAGCAAUGCUUUCUCAGAUGCAGACAGACAAGAUGCCAUCAACCUGUUCCUCCAAGUCUACGAGCCAUCAGAGUCCAAGCCGCACCUGUGGGAGCUGCCCACUGACUUCUACCUGCAUCAGAGGAGCACCAUGGCCCUCCCCCAAGACAGACGCAGCUACACGCUGUGGUGGUCAGAAGGAAUCCUGUCCUCCCUUCCUGUGGCCUUUGAUGAAGUCCCCUCUCAGGACACGAUGAAGAAGGUCAAAGUGAAGAGAGCGAACCGCUUUGAUGAGAGUAUUGAUAUCUACACAGAAUUCUUUAAACCAUAUGAGCUCACUUGCUUUGAUGACACAUUCUGCAUUGCCAUGGCCAAUUCUACAAGGGAAUUUGUGCCCAAGACAGUCGGACUGGAUCCAAGCCCAUUUACAGUUCGCAAGCCAGAGGAAACAGGAAAAUCAGUGCUGAGCAGCAAGAGUAGUAAGGAGGAGACGCUGCUCCAGAGGAAGACUGCAGCCAGCGCACCUCCUCCCCCGAGUGAGGAGGCCAUCUCCAGCACAUCAGAGGACGACUCCGAGGAGGACCGCGACGAUGAUGGAUCCGUGUCCCAGCGCUCCACCCCAGUCAAACUGUUAACAGAGUCUGGAGAGAGCUGUCGCACACAGGAGGAGAUCCAGCAGCAGCAGAUAGUUAAGGAGCCCUACGGACUCAAUCUGGCUAAAUUUCCUGCAGAAAAAGACCUACUCAUUUAUGAAAGGUUUGUGCAUCUAGGCGAGAACCAGCACAAAGUGGAGAGAACUGAACACAUAGAUCUGGAAAACAUCAUCUGCUUAAAACCUGUGUCCUGCUUCCCAGAGGACAGCAUCUACGCCGUGUCUCCUCCGCAGGUCGAUAGAGACAGCCGCGAUGUGUUUGAGAGCCAUGUGAUGACAGGGCAGGGCCAGGUGAGGGCGCUGUGCAGGGACGACAUGUUGAUGUACAGGGAGUAUGUCAAGAACAGGUACAUGUGACACAGUCGACAUGGACUGGAUCUUUUAUUUUUAUUUUUUAUUCAUUCAGAUAUGCCUCUACAUGCUGUUUAUUUGUUCUUUGUCUUAUUUUAAUUGCAACUCUUUUAGGAAAGUUUAACUAUAUGGACAUAACAAACAUGUAAACUGAUGUAUAGUAAAUAGUUUUGACUCCUGAAUAGUUUGAAUCUUAAUUGUUGGGACCAUUAGUGUAAUGGUCGGCCCAAAGACUGGAAUCUGUCUCUUAUGCUUGGAGCUGUGAUUUUCUUUCACUGUGCGCUUUAAUAAAAGUUGAAUGUUUUUUUUUCAUCUGCGGA